CAAUAACAAUCAAUAUUACAUAAAUUUCAACAUGGUAUCAGAGCAGGUUUAGCACCUAAUAUUUUUUUGCUUCACCGGCGGGCGGCAACCUCACCUUAGCCGUCCGCCGGACCUCAACCUAUUCCGCUCAUUUUUAUACACAUACCUUCCCAUCACUUGCCAUGUCUGCAGUGCUUGCUACUUGUUUCUUUGUUCGAAGGCAUCGCAUAAGACGAGAAAGGCCUCGAGCUUCACAUGUUCGUGAAUUCCACAGGAUGAGUAGUCGUCUAGUGAAGGCAAUGCCAAGCCUAAUUUUUACAGCUGUAGUAGAGGAUAAUUGUACUUCAGCAACGUGCGCUCUAUGUCUUGAAGACUACAACGUUGGAGAGAGGCUUAGAGUACUGCCAUGUCGACAUAAAUUUCAUGCGUUUUGUGUUGAUGCUUGGCUAACCACAUGGAGAACCUUUUGCCCUGUCUGCAAACGUGAUGCCAGAACUAGCACAGGCGAUCCACCGGCAUCAGAACGCACACCGUUGCUUUCGUCAAGCUCGGCUUCUGUUGCUUUAUCUUCGGUAUUGUCAUCCGUAAGAUCAUCUUUAGCAUCAUCUUCAGCAAUUCCAAUGGCUGAUGCUUCUGCAACGCCCCUACAUGUGAAACAAGACAAUGAAGAAGAAGAACAAGAUCAAGAACACUCCAAAACCCAGAAACGAAUUUGCGAUUUCUGUGGAGAAUCUCAAUCUCUCUUGUACUGCAGAGCCGACUCUGCAAAGCUCUGUUUCUCUUGUGACCAACAAGUCCACUCCACCAAUCAGCUCUUCACAAAACACACUCACUCUCUUUUUUAAUAUUUCAACCCACUCUUUCUCUUGCCCCACAUGGGCAUGUCUCCCCCCACUCAUUCUCUCUCUCCUAUUUCUACUUUCCAACCAACCAUUUUAAUAUUUCAACCCACUCUUUCACCCCGUGCUUUGAGCAGUGAUUGAUUUUUUUUUAUUUUUUAUUUUCCUCUUCUUUUUUAAAACAAACAUCAUCAUCUCAUUUUUUAAAACCACUCUCUACGCACUAGCAUCUUAAUAUUCUUUCUUUCUUCUGUUUUUUAUUUUUCUUUCCCAUUCACAGCCCCAUGUGCACCAUUCAUCUUCUUUAUUUAUUUUCUUUAUUUAUUUAUUUAUUUAUUUAUUUAUUUAUU